AUAACUAAAUACCAAAUGAGGUGGUAUACAGGGUCUUGUGUGUCUUCAGGGUCAAAGACUUUCUUGAAGGAGGAAGGAAUGUAUCAGAACUGGACUGGAAUGAAUGCUGGUGAUCAGCCUGGUGGCUCCACUGGUAGCACACAGGAGUAUGUGGUGCGUGUCCCAAAAGAUCGACAGAAGAAGUACAGAAUGAUGAAAUUUUCAUCUGGGACAAAUAUAGACUUUGCCAAGAUUCACCAGGAGCAAACACCAGUGAGGAUGGAAAGGGAAAACAACCUAAAGGAAUACAAGACUGCCCACGGCAUCGACAUGAUGCCUAAAUUUGGAGCAGGAAGUGAAUUUGGUCGUGAACAGAAAGAGACUGCAAGACGCAAAAAAUAUGGUAUCAUGAUGAAGAGAUAUGAUCCAGGCAAUCAGCCCUGGUUAAUGAAAGUUGGAAAAGCAAAGGAGGCAAAAAAAUUCAAAGGUGUUAAAGAAGGGACAAUAGCAGAGAACACAUCCUACUACAUAUUUACACAGUGUCCAGAUGGAGCCUUUGAAGCGUUCCCUAUAGAGGAGUGGUACAAUUUCUCACCAAUGGUCCAAUACAAAUACCUCAACUCAGAGGAGGCUGAAGAGGAGUUCAAUAGGAGGGACAAAACUUUGAAUUAUUUUUCUAUAAUGGUACGGAAAAGAAUUAAAAAUGAAGAAGAUGGAGAUGUCAAGUUAGAUGAAGGAGAAAAAACAAAAGAGAAGUCAAAGAAAAAGAGCAAGCAAGGUUUUCAAUUGACAGAUUUUGAUGAUGAUGAUGACGAAGACGAUGAUGACUAUGAUGAUGAUGAUGAUGAAAAGAAAGGUGAUGAUGAAAAACCUAAAAAGAAAACAAAGAAGGGUGCGAAACCGAAAAAGACGGCUAAACAUAACUCAGAUGAUGAGGCAGUAGAGGAGAGCGAUGAAGGAGAUUUUGAUGAUCGAGAACUUGAUUAUAUCACAGACUCAGACAGUAGUCUGUCUGAGACAGGAGAUCGCGAGAAAGGAGACCUCUACCAGGAAAAGGGAGUGGAUGAGGAAAGGGGUUUGAAAAAACUCUUAGACUCAGAUGAGAGCAGCGAGGAUGAAGAGGAAAAGAAAAAACAAGAAGAAAAAGAGAGGGAAGAAGCAGAAAAGAAGGAAAAGAAAAAGAAAGAUGGAUCAGAUAGCGACAGUAGCAGCUCCAGCUCCGGCAGUGAUUCUGAUAUUGACAAGGAUGAGAAGAUAUCUGCAAUAUUUAUGCAGAAAAAAGAGAAGCGUGUUUCACCGGUUCCCCGUGCUGGUACACCUGUAGACAGUGAGGAUAAAACAUCUCUGAAGAGAAAGCUGGAGACAGAUACACAAGCUUCAAAGAAGAUGAGGACAGAUAGUCCAAGUUUAGGUGCCCAAGGUUCAUCAAGUGGUGGUAUCACAGAGGAAUCAAUCCGGAGAUAUCUGAUGAGAAAACCAAUGACCACUAAGGAACUGCUACACAAGUUUAAAUCCAAACGUGUUAACAUGACAAAUGAGGCUAUGAUGAGUGCUAUAGCAACCCUCCUUAAAAAAAUCAGCCCAAAGAAAGAGAUGGUGAAAAAUGUAAUGUACUUAUCUCUGAAGAAAGAUGGAUGAUCUACAUGGGAAGUAUGAUGGAGAAUUCUUUCAGGAUCAAGUCACUAGCCCGAGGGUGAUUACGACUUGUGUAUAUGGUCGAGUUGUUAUCUCACCAUGUUAAUUAUAAUCUGGCUAUCUUACAUGGUGGUGUUUCAAGACAUGGAACACCUACUCAUGAGAAGCUGGAUGAAACAACAAAUGUACCAAGGUUUUGGUAGUUAAUUGAGGAGAUGAGAUAACUUAUUCUGAAAGGAAUUGGAAUUGACAAGUCCUCUGCUAUGUACAAGUGUACUUUCCAAUCAGUAGGAAUUAUUGAAAAAGAACUUGCUGGGAUCAAGCGAAAACAAUUUUUAAGCCAACUUUAAUUUUGUCUAAAGUCAAAUACAUGCAAUAUUUAUUUUAUCUUGUUUUGCCUUGUUUGAAAGAUAAAUAUUCCAAAGAUGAAUAUCUUUUUAAAAUUUGUUUUGUCUAACCGAACGUUGAAAAUCAUUAUGAAACUUGUAUCACUAGACUCAUAAUUUCAUAUUGGUUCAGAGUGUCCCAGAAGUAUCUAGUUUAGGAGUUCAUGUCUUUUUAUUCCAAAGCUAUUGUUUGGUGGAUGCUGAAAUAAUGUGCCAAAAUUAAGUGCUACAUGAUAUGAUCUGUAGUCCAGGCCAUUCUCAGUGCUUGGUACAUGUAAGUGUGUUAUAGCCAGCUGGCAACUGGUCAAAUCAUCAUAGGUGAUUGUUCUGAUAUCAAAACUACAAUUAAUGUAGGUAAGUCACACAGCUGGUCUUGUGGAACAGAGGAAUAAAAAGAUCCAAACCUCUGAUAAAA